AUGGUGGCUGAGGUCGGUAAGAAAUCCAAGGUGGAGGAGGACGCCGAUCACCACAUUGACAGCGAGCUUGUUGUCUCCAUCGAGAAGCUUCAAGAAGUUCAAGAUGAGCUCGAAAAGGUAAAUGAAGAAGCCAGUGAAAAAGUUUUGGAAAUUGAGCAGAAAUAUAACGAAAUAAGGAGGCCUGUUUAUAUCAGAAGAAGUGAGAUCAUAAAAUCAAUCCCCGACUUUUGGCUGACUGCUUUCUUGAGCCAUCCUGCGCUUGGUGAUCUAUUGAAUGAGGAAGAUCAGAAGAUAUUCAAGUAUUUGGAUUCUCUGGAUGUGGAGGACUUUAAGGAUGUCAAAUCUGGCUACUCAAUCACGUUUAAUUUCAAGCCAAACAUGUACUUCGAAGACACAAAGCUGACGAAGACCUUUACCUUCUUGGAUGAGGGGACAACCAAGAUAACUGGUACGGCAAUCCGAUGGAAGGAAGGCAAGGUAAUUACUGCAAAUGGAGAUACUCAGGAGAAGAAAGGAAAUAAACGUCCACACUCUGAUGACAGCUUCUUUAGUUGGUUUUCUGAAACACAACAGAAGGAUACGGUUGAUCUAGAGGGGCUUAAUAAUGCUGAGGUGGCUGAGAUAAUUAAGGAUGAUUUAUGGCCCAACCCUCUCAAAUAUUUCAACACUGAAGCUGAUGAAGAAGAUGAAGAGGAAGAGGGAGAUGAUGAUGAGGAAGAUGACGAGGAGGAUGGCAAUGAGGAGGAUGAAGCUUGA